AUGAAAAUUCCAGUUUCUGGACCUAUACUGCAAGAAAAGGUACGUACAAUAGCCACUACUCUGGGCCUUUCUGGAUGGCUCACUAAAUUCAAAGCCAGACAUAACAUUUUGCAACUCACAAUCAAUAGUGAACGUGGCGAUACUGAUGCCAUGACAGUUGAAGAAUGGAAUGCCAAAUUGCCUGCUAUUAUAGAGGGAUAUGCACCUAAAGACAUCUACAAUAUGGAUGAAACUGGGGUCAGCUAUCGUGGUUCACCAGACAAAACAUUGUGUGUAAAAGGUGAACAGUGCACUGAGGGGAAGGAAAGCAAUCAAAGAUAG